AGCAUCGCAAGAAAGAAACGGGUGCCACGACGCGUGACAUCGUGACGGCUCGCACCGGCGCUAUAAUUGGCGGCGAGGUGGGAACAGAGGGAAGAGAGAAUACGCCGCGCUGAACCGAGCGAGCGAGAGGUAGCUGCCGUGUGCUCGAGAGAGAUAGAGAGCUGCGUGUAGGAAGAAGAUCGGAGGAGAUGCAGGGGGGAGGGGUUGAACAGCCGAUGCAGAUGGUGCUGCGGAUGAAGCACCCGUCGUCGCUGGGCAGCAGCGUGGCCGGCGACGAGGAGGAAGGCGAGGGCUCGUCGAGGUCGGCGCUGUCGGUGUUCAAGGCCAAGGAGGAGCAGAUCGAGAGGCGCAAGAUGGAGGUCCGGGAGAAGGUGUUCGCGCACCUCGGACGCGUCGAGGAGGAGUCCAAGCGCCUCGCCUUCAUCAGGCAGGAACUGGAAGGCAUGGCGGAUCCGACGCGCAAGGAGGUGGAGUCGAUACGGAAGCGGAUUGACACGGUGAACCGUCAGCUCAAGCCUCUCAGCAAGAGCUGCAUCAAGAAGGAGAAGGAAUACAAGGAGGUCCUGGAGGCGUACAACGAGAAGAGCAAAGAGAAAGCGCUGCUAGUCAACAGGCUAAUCGAGCUGGUAAGCGAGAGCGAGAGGAUGCGUAUGAAGAAGCUCGAGGAGCUCAACAAGACAGUCGACUCACUCUACUAGAUGCCAAGCUGAUGCUCACUUCGUACGUCCUCCACCGAGAGCCCACUCGCUCGCUCUCUCUGCAAUCUCAGUGUGCCAUAAGGAUUCGUGACUUGUUCAGGGUGUUGCUUGUAACUGAUAAUGUUUCUCAUCGAGUGAUUCUUCCUCUUUCUUUUCCUUUCGUUUCUUUUGUUUCAUCAGAUGGUUGAGUCUUGUUGCGGCAUCACUGUCGAGUAAGACUGACGUAUUUAAGCAACAGAGAAGUACCAGGAACAAGGCUGAAAAAGCGGAGGGUGGCCUGUCGACCGUA